AUGACGUUUCCAACCCUUGGCCUCAGCUGUUUUGUUUAUUUGUUACUUGUGGAGGAAAUGGAAUUAAUGAAUUUCCCCGCUGUUUUCAGGUAAUAAAAUUUGUGUUAAGUUACGUAAAGUUUUUGAUUGGAUGAAAAAACCUCGGGCGACUUUCUUAUCCAAUCAGAAGCCGAAAGCAAACCAAUCGUAAUUUGCUCGUUCGCUUUUUCCCGCGCUUCGCGUUGGCUUCCGGUUACGCCUGUCAGCUUCAAGUUCUGAUUGGUUCUUUGAAUGUGUUUGCCUCUCUUGUGAUUGGUUAUUGGUAAUAGUUGCGCUCUCUUCGUUUUUUUACACUCGAAUUUUAUUAUCAUCACUGUCGCGUCAAGAAAACUGCUCACGCGGGAAAACCGUUUUCUGAUCAUGUUCUUUAAAUAUUUUGUUCUACCACGUCAUCCCAAAAAACCCUUUUCUUAUUCUUCAUUAAACUGUUUAAUCUUAAGCAACCAUGACGGCAACGACAGCGAGAACAUUAGAGAAAAAAAAAGGGUUAAAAGUUGAUAAUACAACGCGUUUACGCGUGCACAUUUUCCUGUCUCUUUCUGUACAACAAUGGCGUUAAGGUUUGUAGAGAACGUGAAUGCAUGUUGUUUAAUUUUCCCGGCUGUAAUUGAAGCUGAAGGCCAUCUUUGGUAAUUCAUCUCAUGGAUAAUCGGAAAUACAAAGAUCUGGGUACAACGUUUAUCUCGCCAAUGUUAUGCUUACGAUAAUCUUACGACAGAAACUUAAUCCAGUCAUUCGUUUGACUUAGCUUUUUAGCUUUUCAGACGUGGUUGUUUAAUUAGAACCCUAUCGUUUUUACAACUUAUCAUAUUGGAGAUAGCUUGGGUCCAGGCUCCAAGGGAAAAAAUUGGCGAGCGAAGCGAGGAUUCCCCCGCUUUCCUUAUUCUAUUUUUUCUCUCGCAGUCUCCUCGCGAUUUCUAGCCCCCUUCCCCCAAACGGAGAGCCUGUUCACAAACUUUAUUUGAGGUGGUGAUUCGAGCAUCGCUUGGGAUGUGCUUACUAACAAAAAUGGUGAUUAUAUAACAGUAUAGUUGCAAGUCUGAGAACCUGAGCUCCUUAUUUUAUUUUUUGAUUUGCAGUGUCAACUAUUUGCUGAGAGUUAACAUGAAGAACGUCCUUUUUCUUUUAAGAAGGUGGGUGAAGAAAAUUAGUUAAUGGAAAUGUAAUCAUUUUAAUUUAAAGUAAUACUUUGUUACCAGAUGAAUUGUCUUUGCAGUGGCGUUGUGACACAAGUUUCAGCAAGCGUUACCUCGUCUAACAUGGUCAGUGCAGUUGACACGUUUGAACUUCCGUUUCGAGACAUUUUCGGAUGUUACUAGAACGGGGAGCGGGGAACCAAUACGGGGAACGGGAAAAUGAAAAAUAGGAACAAAGCCUAACUCGAACCCUAACCCUAUCAGUAACUUCAUUUCCGACUCUCGGUUUUGUUCCCAUUCUACAUUUUCUUGUUCCCUGUUCUCGUUUCCCGCUCCCCAUUCCCCGUUGUAGUAACAUCCUAUAUUUUCAUAUGAAACGUAGACUUGCGCGUCUACUCCUGCAAAGCUCGAAUGCAUCUGCUACUUGUAUUCCUUUUUAUUAAUUUUGUUUCAGAUUGUAUAACUAUAACCGGUUAUAUCAUCAGUACGUCACGGAAAAUAAGCUUUACAAAUAUUGUUAUUGCAAAUGAAUAUUAUUAUUGUUGUUAUUAUUAUUAUUCUCAUCAUCAUCAUCNAAUUUUGUUUCAGAUUGUAUAACUAUAACCGGUUAUAUCAUCAGUACGUCACGGAAAAUAAGCUUUACAAAUAUUGUUAUUGCAAAUGAAUAUUAUUAUUGUUGUUAUUAUUAUUAAUAUCAUCAUCAUCAUCAUCAUCAUCAUCAUCAUCAUCAUCAUCAUCAUCAUCAUCAUCAUCAUCAUCAUCAUCAUCAUCAUCAUUAUUAUUUUUAGCUGCCUAUACCAUAUGCUGAAUAAACCAGUCAAAACAAGACAACUUUUUCUGACCAGGCCAUUGAUAUGUUCCACGGUGCAUUGGUUGCUGAAUCGAUUUUUUGGAACGUCACAGCUCCCAAUUUUCAGCUUGAUAUUAAGGUUUCUAGCAAAGUCUUCAGUUUAUUAUCUUUGUUUCGUUCACUUUUUUUACUUUCAUUUCUUCCUUGCUUUUCAGAACAGAGCACUGUGCCAUAUACAAGGGCUUGGUGCGUAUUUUGUGAGUGCGUGUGCUUCCAAUUUUAUAACUAAUUUUAGAAAAAUUUAAUGAGACAUUCAACUCUUUGACUCAUUCACCAAGUUACAAAACAGCCUCUCUUACUUUUAAAGCUGUGGGCGAAAUCCUAUGGUGUUAUCAAUCAAAAGGAACCUCUUUGGAAGAACUUUUGCGUGGUGCUAUGUGUAGGAUUUUACAAAAAGAAAUUUGGAAAUUUUGUGAACUUUUGACAAUGUGUUUACAUUUACCCAUAUAAGGAGCUAGAAUUAAGCAUUGAUACUCGCUUUUAUCUAUUCACCAUUUAAGCUGAACAUUUGUUUACUAGAGGUCUUGGCUUUUCCAAUCCAAGUGUGCUCCUUUUGAUCAAAUCAGCUUGAGGGAGAGGGAUGGUUUCACUUUGGAAUUUAUUUUGUGAGCGGGACUCAGCUAUAAUAGCCAAGCACUACAAGAAAAUAUCAGUUUAUCAGUUGAAAUGCAAACCGCGUUGUACCAAAUUGAGUGUUAGUAGGCAUCCGAGACACUGAUAUAAUAACUUAUGGACAAGCGUGUAUACUUUCUAGGCAGUUUUCAAAUAUAAGUUAGGGCCUCACUCAUCUUGGAAACAUGGGCAAUAUGUUGACAUCCUCCAUCUUUAAGGGGCGGUCUUGUAACCGUUUUAUCAAAUGCGAUCUUUUUGCCCUCAGAAACUAUUGGAUGUAUUAUCAAGAAGAUUGAAGGAAAAAAGUAUGGUGUACAGGCAUGAUGAGUUCAAAGAUAUAACAGAAAUUGUAAAGGUACGCAGGUGUUUGAUAUUUCAUCCCAGGUUUCCAUCAGAUUCCAUUGGGUGAAUAUUAGUACAACCUAAUAUGAUAACAGUGGCGUUCCCCAGGAGUCCCUUUUGGGACCCUUUUUAUAUAAUAUCAACUUCAAUAACUUACUUUAUUUCAUCAAAGAGCCGAAGCUGUCUAACUAUGCUGAUGGUGAUCAGCUGUAUUUUGCUGAUACUGAUCCAGCUAUUGUCGAACAUGUUCUCAACAAGGAACUUGUGGUGCUGUGUGAGUGGUUUCGUAAUAACAAGAUGAUCUUGAACCCUGAAAAAUGCAUGGCGCUGGUUCUCUCGCGAAAGCCCGAUGUUAAGCUAUCACUGUUUGCUGAAAGUGUUGCUUUACCGUAGUUGAUACAGUUGAUUUGUUUGGGGUAACAUUGAAUGAUUCCCUGAAUUUUGGAAAGCACAUUACGAAAAUUAACAAGAAAGUUGGAAAGCAGCUAGAUGGUCUUUGUAGACUAAAGAAAAUAUCAUAGUUUCCGACCAAACUCUGCCUUUAUAAUUCGUUCAUAACGUGUCAUUUUCAUUACUGUUUCUCGGUAUAGCAUCACUGUUUGAAGUCUGAUAGCAAAAAACUGGAUAUGUUGCAUGAACGAGCACCGUUCUUUAUCUAUACAGUGAUGAGUCUUCUCAAAGUAGCACUCUUUUUGGUUGUAUUGGUUACAGCCUUAUGGAUCGACGUAUCCAGAACAUGUUAAUUAUAGUGUUUAAAGCAAUGAACAAUUAUCCACCUGAAUAUUUGAGAGACCUUUUCAGGUUAAGAGACAAUAUCAAAAACCUGAGAGGGGUUGACAAACUACAAGUAACGAAACCUAAUACGACUCGUUAUGGAAGGAAGUCAGUAAAAUACUUGGCUGCUAUCACGUGGAACAAGAGUUCUGAUACGUUAAGAUCCCUAAAUAUAUUGUGAGCUUUUGAAAAAGCAACUUGUCAGCUAAGGUUCUAACUUAUUCUCAAUAACAGCUUUAUCUAUUACGUAAUUAGGUUUUUUACUGUAAAUAGUUUUAUUGUAUAAUUAAGGCUUUACUAACUUGUAAAUAAGUUUUUCUUUUCCCUUUUACUUAUCAUUAAUUUUAUUUAUUUGUUUUUUUUCCUUGGCUUAUUAGCAUAUUUUGUUAUUGCUAGAGGUCUAACUAACCUCAUCAAUCCCUAGAUUAAAUAAAGUUUCAUUCAUUCAUUCAUUCAACCGACAAUCGAGGAUCGUACUGUCUAGCCUGCGAAUACACCUGUCUCUUAGCACUCCCCGCCGCUUGAGACCCUUGCGAGAGGGACUCCUGCGUUUUGGUCUCUUGCGAAAAGGCCCCAGGGGCGGGAACGAUGAGAUACUGGUAUAUUCACAGGCUAGUGUUUUGCUUAAACUCUUUUCUCUCAGUUUUACUUCGCUCCUCAAAUUCCAAAUUAUAUGAAUACUCACUUUUUACCUAAACCUUUGUAACUUACCCUAAGGGUACUUUUAUCAAGAAAGUAUCCCGGCCUCUUUUAUCAAAAUGUCCCCUUUCGCUACCUACUUCGUUUAGCGCACUAUCUACUUGCGUGUAAGAUCAAGUCAGUCACGUAAAUUAAGAUAAAAACGUUCAUUUGAGUUGUUGUCAUCAUUAAUCAACUGAGAACCAUAAAUUUCUGAAAGAGUAUUUUUACUUUUCCCUAGGCUUUGAUAAAUGUCAUGACGAUGUGCUCUUCAAGAAAACUGGUGAGUUUAUGUUCUCUUCCGUUCUUUUUCUUUCUUUUUCAGCUAAAAGUAAGGUAGCUCACGGUGUUUUUUUAAAUUGAUAUUGGCUGUUUUCUUUCACUGCAAGCAUAGAACCUCAAACUGAUAAAAGAAACAUCUUUUAUUGUCAGAAUUAUCGCCACGUAACAAAAAUAGAUGAACCCCGAGCAUUUUUAACUACUUUCUUAUGGGGAAAAAGAAAGAAACUUGAAAAUAGCGGGCUACUAUUUCGUAAGUUUAUCUGAAUGCAUUUUGCCUUUAUCUCCUUCUGUUUCGUCUAUCCUCGCUUCGAUUUGAUUUAUCUAAAACAUAAUAUUUUCCUCCUGAGGUUGAAGCAGUUCAGUGUUAUAAUUUGUAAGUUAAUUCUUAGAUCUUUUAGUAAUGCGCGAGGAAAAUUGCCUCAAAGAGUGCCGUUGGAGCCCCUUUGCUAUAUUUAUGUGUCCUGCGAGAGAUAGGCUUUGUUGGGCAAUGUCAACUUCAAUGUACUAUUAAUAUUCUUGUCUCAGGUUUUAGAUGUUGACUUCUUUUCUUGCAGAGAUCAAAAGGAGUUCGUGUUUUUCCAAUUUUUGUGUCAAAACUAGAUACAAAAAGUCAAUAUGGCUUGUUAUAGUAAGUGGUUUUAAGUAAUGUUUUAUCAACUGUUUUACCUUAAAAUACUCGUGAAUAUCUGGUGGCGGUGAUGCGAGAUAAAUAUCAAUAAAAAACGUUCUCUACUGUCAAACGAUAAAAAAUUCUAUUUCUAUCGCGCAAAUAGAAUGGUUAUACGCGUUUGCUGCUAUUGAAUCCAUUCCAAUUGUUACGUGGUUGAGGCGUGAAAAUUUACCAUCGUAAAGUAACACAAAAAUGAUGUUUCACAGAGUCGCUCCAAUGAAAGGCUAGCGUUCAUAUUUCAAGUUUGGUACCUGAAAAACAUUUUUCUUGUUACAUGCAAUUCCGUUAUUGCUAUGGUUAUGAAUGCUCCGUCUUCCCUUUUAUUGGCUUAAACUCUCGCGCCAUUUCUCAAACCCUGAGAAGUGAGACUANCCUUAAAAUACUCGUGAAUAUCUGGUGGCGGUGAUGCGAGAUAAAUAUCAAUAAAAAACGUUCUCUACUGUCAAACGAUAAAAAAUUCUAUUUCUAUCGCGCAAAUAGAAUGGUUAUACGCGUUUGCUGCUAUUGAAUCCAUUCCAAUUGUUACGUGGUUGAGGCGUGAAAAUUUACCAUCGUAAAGUAACACAAAAAUGAUGUUUCACAGAGUCGCUCCAAUGAAAGGCUAGCGUUCAUAUUUCAAGUUUGGUACCUGAAAAACAUUUUUCUUGUUACAUGCAAUUCCGUUAUUGCUAUGGUUAUGAAUGCUCCGUCUUCCCUUUUAUUGGCUUAAACUCUCGCGCCAUUUCUCAAACCCUGAGAAGUAAAACUAAGAGCAACUGUCACUUAAGAACGUUUUUCCCGCGCUUAAGGGUGGCAACACCUACUCGUCUUGGGUUUUGAUUGGUCAGAGUAAUCAGUUCAGUUUGGUUAUAGGACACUACGGCCUUUUUAAGUCACACUAAACCUCCUUUCCAGAACGUCGUCUACGCGAAAUUCAAAAUCCUUGAAAUACGUUUCUGUAUUAAAUCAAAUAAAACUUAUUUUCAUAUGAGUGAGAGGUUGUGCACUCAGCCUCAUUUAAAAAGUGAGAGUAUUUGGAAAACGGGAAAGGCCUACUUCGCUGACUCGAUUGAGUUCCCCCAUUGUAUCGUUUCUGUUAGGGGGUGUUUACGUGAGAAAACUCGCACCUGCGCGAGUUUCAUACCGGAAUGACUUCUUGAUUUCGUAUCGCGUUUACAAGUUUACAUGUUUUUCCCUGUCCCAUGAGCAACAUGACAAUGCCAUCCUGAAUUGACCAAAACUACGCAUGCGCUACCCGUUCCAGUUUACCGGCAGACCGAUUUCACACCAAAGUGAGUGUUCGUUUCGCGUUUACAUGAUACCCUUGCGUAAGUUCCUACUGGAGUGAAAUUCUCGCUCCAGUACAACAACCGGGGUGAACUCAAGCCGGUGUUGACUCGCGCUGGCAUGACAUUUUGUGCUGGUGAAGUUUCGCCGGCGCGAAAGUCGCCCCGGUGUCAAGUAAACACCCCCCUUACAAGCUGAAUUUUUUUUUUUGCGCCUUUUUGGUGACUUAUAGUGAACGACUUAAGACUCUUGAAGAUUUACGAAAAACUCAGCUUAAAAUCGGUAAAAUACCCGCAACUUCAAAAUGCUAUGUGAAAUCUGACACGGACUACAAUUUGAUGCGAGGCUUUAAUUUUUUACAGUACCUUUCUUCAAGAUUGCAGUCACGCGGGAGUAGCCGGUUUGUUGAUAUAUCUCCUGAAGGAACAAGUGAACCAAGCCCUUUGUGUAAGUAACACGUUGAAACUUUUAUUAAGACUCGGUUUUUGCCUUUUUUGUGUGAAGGGAUUUUUGAAAGGAAUUUUCUGAUUUGUUUUCAGUCUUCAGCGGAGGAGCCCUGGUUCCAAGGAACUCGUUUUAUGUCGAUAUUUCAGCUGGUUCUCAGACUUCCCUCAAAAACUGGGACAGAAAAGGACCUGGUACAAGAAACUGAUAGGUAAUCGAUCCAUCUCUUUCAGAAGGUACAUAACGGUACCAGAUUGUCUGGAGUUUUCUUCGAGGGUCCACUUUCCAUCCAAGCUGUUGUUUUAUUCGAGAUAUAUGGUUAUUACUUUCACUUCUGUUUGCAGGAUUAUGGGGGCUCUUAACUGCCUGCGCUUUAUUCUUCUAAGAGAUAACUGCGAUAAGGUGAAAAAGAAUUUUUAUUAGUUAUUUUGAGGCUGCUAGUGACACUCGGUCGGUUUUGUGUCGAAGUGCACUAUGGGACUGUUUUUGGAAGGAAUUUUGACCCAGUUUCCCAACGCGACUUUGUAAUAACCAAUGAAAGAGUCGAUAGCGUCUCCCACAGUGCAAUUCGACACAACAACGACUCAGUCUCGUGCGCAACUUCUAAAGGGCCAAAAUGGGCAAAGUCAAAACCCGUUUUCAGACCAGAACGGCUCAAAAACCAUACCCUUUGGGGCGGCACAUACCCAAAUGGCUUAUAUAAGGGAGGACCCCAGAGGACAACCGUUAAGAUCCAUAAAUGUGAAAUGACCCCUGAAAUAUUUGCAUGAAUGCAUGCUUCACGCGUGAUUGGCUGUCUGCUAAAACGGGGUUCCGAAUCAGGUCAAAAAAGAAAAAUGUAAACAAUUAAAUAAGAACACUAUUUGUCUUCUUCCAAAGGGUUUGGUGGAAGAAAUUGUUUGCUAAGACCCUAGAGCUGAAGCUGAAGUUUGUAUUCGUGCUUUUUUAAAUUUGAUUUUGAUCACCGGCAAAUCUUUGAUGCGGCAACGCCGAACACCAGUCAUGCCAGUAAUAAAAGAGGACUCAGAAGUUUCAUGUAGCUUGGAUAAGGAUUCUAAAUGGGAUUCAAUUCACUCAGUUUCCUAACGCUAAUCAUUAAACUUUGCUGUAAUUUGUAAUUUGCUGUUUGGUGUUCAAGCGUUAUUGUUUUUGUUCUCUUACCAUAAUUAUUAUCUGAAAUGACCCACCCCUUCCCCUCAAAAAUCAGAAGUUUGGCAAUAACGCGGGGGAGGGGGACGGGAAACCUGAUCCGUCCCCCAUUUUGUCUUUAUGCUGCUCAGACGAGGCGGCCUCGAUAUUUUGAUUGGGCGUUUCCCUGAAGGGCAGCCCAAUAAUUACUGUGGGUCCUUAUCAUUCCAUUCCCCUACGCAACCCUUAAAAGGUUGAUCACGUGACACCAUGAUACCAUAGGCCCAUUUGUUCACUCUCUUUCUCUUUUCUUGUAGCUUGAUCUCACAGUCGUUUUUGACUUCCCGAUCGGAAUAUCAACACCAUACAAGUUAGCUUAGGUAGCUGUCAGCGUAGUGUAUGGGUCCCCAUUACUACCAACCAGGACUUUGCGAAACAUAUGCUACUGUAUCUACAUAUGAACUGGCUAACCACCGUGCUUUUUUCUUGUUGUUUUAGACAACAGUUUGGAAAAACUUCAAAACUAUUGAGACGAAUUUCGUGGACCCCUUAAGAGAAACAUUGAAAAUAACCAGAAUACAAUACCAAGCAGAACUGUUAAGCAAACGGAACGAAAUGACCGGAAAUAAACGUAAGUUCGGCGGCAACAAGUUUAGAGCUAUCAACCCACACCGGCUCUCCGACUUCAGUCUGAGCCCGCGUAGCAAUCGUUACGAAACGAGUUAUUGCGUGACAGUUGGCGCGAGGGAAAAGAAACAAAAAUGGAAGAAGAGGGGAGGGGAGCGUACACCGUUUUUGCUCUCUUUUCAACUUUCAUGACGAACUCCGGCGGAAACGCUUGCUACGAAUACUAACUUUAGUCGGUCGCCGGGCUUGAGACGUGUAAAGAGAAAUAAAGAAGAAGUUAACAAAUUAGUGUUUUGAAAUAUUGAAUAUGAGAUAUCAUCAGAACUGCAGGCUGAAAACUUAAAUACAAAGAGAAUUAUUACAGUGAUGGACACAACUUUUGCAGUUGAGAAAGGAACGGCUUGGAAAAUUCGGGUUUUGGAGAAGUGCUGAAGUUCCUGUACACAUAUGGUGUACUAGUUUUUUUGUGUUGAAAGACACUCAGCUCUUCUCGCGCACACUGUUCAGUGCCUACUUCAUUCACUUCAUACACGUUGUUAAAAAUUAAGCGAGCAAGUCUCAAGUGCCCUUUUUUUUCAGGAAUGGAGGCAAAAGAGGAUAUUGAAUUUAAUAUCAAAAGUCCCGAUGGCAAGUCACUGGAGGUGAUGCCUCUAAGAGACCAGUGUGAGGUGAGAUGGAAAUUCCCAUAUUCAUCUGGAAACAUUGUGAUUAUAUUCCCCGGUUGCAGGAAUCAAAAAAUGCGCCCGACUGAAUCGAGUUGUUCAAAGGCCGAUUGGCGUAAAUGCACAGUCUAAAAUCUAGGGUUAGUUACUAUGAAAACGCAUGUGUCGUUUUACAGUUAACCCAGGAUUAGAUCUAACCCGGUUUCGAGAAACUCGACCAUGGAGUUCAUUUGAACGCAUGAUGUCUUCCCUGGGAAAGAUAAGCAUUAACAUCUGGGAAUGUGCUCACCUACCCCUCCCCUAAUUUCUCCAUUGGUGCAAUAUUUUAGGUACGCCCCAUUCAUAUUUUUCACGUGUACGGUUCACGGCACGUAAGAUUUGUUAGAAAUCGGCUUGGAAUUUAUCGACAACAGUGGCGAGUGUUAAACACAAAGUAUUUGAAAUCAUUUCACAGUUGGUGAUUUCCUGUAUAUGUGGUUGUUUGCAGGCGCUGCAGUCUGGCCUAUACUCUCUAGAUAUGAUGGAAAGCGUUGUUGCCAGAAUAUCAGAGAUCGCGAACAGUCGAAGCAAAAUAGGAAAAUAA